CCUUGGGGCUUGCAAUCUCUCGCCAUCUUUCGCCAUGGCAUUUUAGUUUGGGGCGAUGCUUGAAUGCAAUGCGUGCUGCAUGCCAGUGGAGGACAAGGCGCCAAAGUCACGGAGCAUAUUCCUUGGAUUGCUGAUCCUUUACAUCAGCUUGGCCUGCAUAGUCACAUGCUCUUGGGCCUUGCACUGGCUGGACAGGAACUGUAGCUUGGCACUCUAUGGCACUUUGCUGGGUCUCUUGCCAGGCGCAUUGCAUGGUCGCAACAGCCGAACUGCAGAUGCACCCGGGCGUCACUGGCGUUACCUUGGAGUUGCGACGGUGUUCGUAGUCGGCUGUUGCGUGGCCAUCUUCCCCUUUUUCCCUGUCUUUCCCUGGUAUAGCUUCCUCGAGGUGCCGAGUCGGUCCAUCUUGCGCUGGGUGGAUGCCAUCUCAUGUGCGGGCGUUACUGUAAUUGCUGCUCUUUGCUUCAAGAUUCAGCACCCUCCUUCCAACUACGUCCGGCAUGCCGUUUGGGCCGUCUUCGGAAGCUGGCUACUGGUGACGCUGCUAGCAGCUCUGGUUUUCUUCCCGAAGGAGUAUCACCCACUCCUGCAACAUGCAGCAUGGCAUUUGGAGGGAAUUGACUUCGUGUGGAUAGCCUGGCUGAUGACAGAUCGGAUCACGGCUUUGGCGGAUAGGCCAUCAUACACCCUGUCAAACUCUGGACCAAUCAUUCGUACAGCGGCAAUCUGCUUCCAUUUGAGGAUUAUGACUGAGACUUUCCUUGGUGUCAAGAACGUAUCGCUAGCGAUCCAGAUGGUUUUUGCAUCAAUCUUCUUGAUGCUAUGGAUGUUUCUCUGUGUCCGAAUAGCUUUAUGUUUGGCUCGAAGUUUCUGGCUGCUGCACAAAGAGCUUCACGUGGUGCAAGGGGCUCCAGAAGCAGAAGCCCGUUGGGCCUUGGACGUGGUGAGACUGGAAAUCUUGGCAUGUGCACUCAUCACCUUCAGCUGCACAACUCUUUGGUGGUUGCCGUACAAAGUUCUCAGCUGGGCGGAAGACCAACACGUUGCUGACCAGGUGCUGCUGAUCCCAGUCGUCGUUGCACAUCGCUUCAACCAUCUCAUCAAGGCCGCCAGCGUGGCUGCUCUGUCAGGUCUCCUGUGGCCUCGUCACACUUCCGGAUCAGACAAGACCAUUGAGAAGUUAGACAGGGCACCAACGAUGUCCAUCAGAUUGAGUGAUCCAGAUUUGUGGACUGACAAGGUUCACGAAUUGGCAAACAGAGGGGUGACGCUGACCUCUCUCCUCAAUUUCUGGCGCAAGUUGGAGCAGGUGAUGCCGAGCUUCGAUCCACAAGUCUCAACAACCAACGACGUGGUGCGAUUGGCCAUUAUACCAUUGUCGCACGAUCGUUCAACUGGAGAAGGUCAUGCUUUGGCACCCUUGUGGUCACAAGGGGAACCAGUGCGUGCCCAGUGCAUGGUGACGCACAACUGGUCCAACCUUUUCCACCAUCUGGUCGCCGGAAUAUUUGCCGAUGCUCUCGAGAAGGAGUACUACGCAGGCGUUGCUGAAAUGCUCCUGCACCCUGAUGGAUGCCAAGAACUGGAAAAUUCAAUACAGGUUCCCUUCCAAACUUCGUUUUACCAGGCGAGAAACAUUUCCAGCAAGAGCUACUGGGUGUGUGCAUUCUCUGUGAAUCAGCAUGCGUGCAUUUGUGAUAAUUUUGGAAGAGCUCCACCUGAAGGAACUCCAGAGUUUGAGGAAUGGGAUUUAAAGCGGAGAGACAGCAAGACUGGUGUGGUCUUUCCAUUGUGUCCAUGCAAGCAACGGAAGAUCUACAAUAAUGAGCCGGCCCUCUGUGAAAUGAAUAAAUUUGAUGCGAUGAUGCGGCAUUUAAACAGGAAGCAAGAUGGAUUCUCACAUUUGGUGGUCGCUGACACUGCGUUUGAUGUCUUCACGAGAGCGUGGUGUAUUGCAGAAAUUGUCGAAUCUGGCAGAUCUCGGAUUCGUCAGCAAAUCAAGUUGUACAGUGAGGCCACUCUGGACAGCAAUUAUCAGCGCCUCAGUUCUAUUGACGUGCGUUGUUGCAAAGCCUCACGCCCCGAGGACAGAGAGAUGAUCCUCGAAAGCAUCACAGACAUCGAACAAUUUAACUCAGACCUUCGGUGGAGAAUCUUUGGAACCGAAGGACUGCUCAGCAAAUGGCUCGAUGGUCCAAGCCGAGCAAAACUGGUAAGUCGCGUCUUGCGACGAGCUGGCACGUUCGGGGGACAUUUGAGCUCUGGUUCUACACUUGAUCCGAUGGACUCAGUUUGAGCCAAGAAUCCAAGAGCACCGCAAUGUACAGUCAAGAACAAACCGUAACAAACCGAAGCUUACAACCACCAUUUUUUCUUAAAGAAAAGUGUUGCCAAGAACAGGUGGAUUGUUUGGACUUCGGGUGCGUUUGCCUCCCCCGUAUAGCGUCUGUUCAACUUGUCAAAGUGAUGCUGCCAAAGUGGCUAAGCAGCAAAAUUGGGAGACCUUGAAAUAUUGAAUAGUCC